AUGUCCAAUAGAAAUAAUCAAAAUUUGCAGUUCAACAAAGAGAUCAUAUCGUCUAUUGACUACCAUAUUCCAUUGCAAGAACUUAUUGAAAGAUUAAGUGAAUUACAUGAUGAAUUGUCCAAUAUUGAUCAAGACACUAUUAAUUUGGUGUCUGUUGAUAAGUAUAGAAAGGAUCUUUUAGAUUCAAAACUUAUAGCUAAUAAAAGUAAUGGUGUUCAGGCAUUUACUGCAUGUUGCUUAAGCGAUAUUUUGAGGAUCUAUGCUCCAGAUGCUCCUUACACUGAUAAUGAAUUAGCUGAAAUUUUUAAACUGUUUUUCCGUCAAUUAAAAUAUCUCUCAGAUCCUGAGAACGGAUAUUUCCUUCAACAAGUUUAUUUGUUAACCAAACUAGUAGAAGUUAGGUCUAUUGUUUUAAUCACAGAUUUACCAAAGUCCGCCAACUUAAUUUCAAAACUUUUCCAGGUCUUUUAUGACCCGCAAAGCAACCAAAUCCCUAUAUCAAAAUUAAGCUUGGUAGGCGAUCUAUUGGGUGAAGUCGUUUCAGAAGCAGAUGUACUUUCAAUGGAUGUGCUAAAAUUAAUCUUUAACAAAUUCUUAACCUACGAUUUGAAUUCUGUUCCACGGGGGCUAAACGUUGCUCAUGAUUCUUGUUUCCAAUUUACUUUACACAUUUGUGAAAAAUAUUCAAAUAGAAUGGGCAGGCAUUUAACUAAAUUUUACUCAGAGAUUUUAUACGGUCUUGCUUCAACUAACAAAGCUAAUAAAAAUAGUAAUCAUAAUUAUAGGGAGGAAGAAGAGGGAAACAAAGAGGAUGGUAUUGUUAACAUCACUAGCGUUAAUGACGAAAGUUAUAAAACAUUGACUAACUUACAUACUUUGGUAUUGAAGCUGUGGCUAUAUGUUCCAGAAUUACUAAGUUCCAUCAAUGGGUUCCUUUUCCAAGAAUUAAACUCUUUGAAUUAUUUUGUUCGUAUCUCUGCCACAAAAUUGAUUGGUGACAUCUUGGGUACUCGACAACCCAAUAUGAACUAUGUAACCGCUUAUAAUGAAACCUAUAAAGCAUGGUUAACAAAAGUUGCAGAUUCCAAUAGUAAAGUUAGAAUUUCAUGGGUGAAAACAGUUGCGAAAAUUUUCAAUAAUUCACAGAAUGAUAUAAUUUCAAACGAUAUUUGCAAUGGUGUUUGCAAAACCUUGAUGGAUGUCGAUAUAAGAGUAAGGCUUGCUGCCGUUCAGAUCUUUGAUAAAAUCUCUGUGGAAAUCAUAUGGUUAUAUAUGAAAACAUCAUUAGUUUUUCAAGAAUUAUUCCACUUCACUAGAGACAAAAACCAAGAUAUUAGAGAAACAGUUUUAGCAUUUUUAUCCAGUUUUUACCAAACUACUAUGACGAAACACUACAAUGUCAGCAUUAAUAAUCAAGAGUUGGUGGAGAUUACCAAUAAAAUUCCAACUGUUUUAUUGAAUUUAUACUAUAUUAAUGACAAAAUAAUUAACCAAAUAGUUGACAAGUAUCUAUUGGAAAAAAUAAUUCCCUACAACGAAGAAUCAGCCAAGAAAAGAGUCGAUAGGUUAUUACUGGUAACUUCUCAUUUGGACAAAAAAGCUUUGGCUUCGUUUUAUGCUUUUAACAGAAGACAAAUCGAGUUGUCUUUGGUUGUUACAAAAUUUGUAGAAUUUUCUGAACUUGCAAAUGGUUUGGCCAAUGAUGAAAAUGUACCAGUUGUAGAGGGGGAGGACGUUUCUAAUGGAUUAAACCAAAUAAUAAAAUGGUUGAGUGAUUCGCUUUCAAAUUCGUUUAGUACACAAGAUAUUUUAAAACUGUUUGUUUCCAUGAAAAAUAAGAAAUUAUAUUGUUUAUUAAAAACAAUUGUCUCUUCUGAUAGCCCAUACCAUACAGUAUUAUCCUGUUUGGUAGAAUUCAGCAAUAAAUUAAAAGAUGCAAGAAUUUUUGAUAAAGUUAAAUUGGGUUCUACUUUUACCAGAGCUGAUUUUGCCCAGAUUUUUAAACUGUUAGCAUAUCGGAGCGCACCCAUAUAUUACAAUAUUUCAAAUGUGGAAGAGCUUUUAAAACGUUCUGAUUCAAAACACAUAAUUGACAAUAUUACAGAAGUGAAUCCGUCAUUAUUCAAAGACCAAAUUGAAACUUUACAAAACACUAUCAAGCAGUACGGGUUGGACGAAAAAGCACUUACUACGGAUGCUGUGGAUACAUUGAAAACCAUUUAUAGGAUCGGGAAGGCACAUAGACACUAUUUGGAAACCAAGGAUACGUUUUUUAUUGAUAGAUUAAAGGACUUCAGUAUCAGUGGACUUCCAUAUGAGGCUAAAUAUGCCACUAAAAUUUUGGGUUUAUUAGAUGGCUCAGAAAAGAUACUUCAAAGCAUAUUGGAUUCAAUCUUGCCAUUGAAGAAGGGCGGUGGUGCAGCUUUGAUACUGACUGCGUCAGAAAUUUACAAGUUGCGUCCGGAAUUACUAAAAGAAAGCACAACAGAUAUAGUUACAUUUGUUUUGUCAAAUAUUUUAUUAGCUAAUGAAAUAACUAGUGAUGAUGAAAACGACACGUGGAUCGCUGAUGAAUUUUUAAAUAAAACUGAAAAUAAUAUAAUUGCAUCCAAAGUUUUCAGUCUUGAAUUGUUGAAAAACAGCUUGAUUGCCAUUAGCAAUGACUUAUCGACGGAUCAGAUAAUUAAAGAGGCAUUUAUAAACAAGACCUUGAAGCUUUUCAUAUUUUUGGUGGCAACAGGUGGUGAAUUAAUUAAUGAAUCAAACAAAGAAUUUUAUCCAACACCAGUGGAAUUUCAACGUAAAUUAAGAUGUGUUGCUGGCAUCCAACUAUUGAAGCUUGCCAAAGUACAUGAAUUAAACAAGUUUAUUGGUUCAGAAAGCGUUGAGAAAUUAGUUAAUUUGAUGGAAGACGAGUCCCUACAAGUUCGUGAGACUUUCAUAACUUACUUGAAGAAAUACAUAAGUGAAGAAAAGAUUUCCAUUAAAUUUUUGCCGCUGAUUUUCUUUGUUGCCUUUGAACCAGACAAGACAUUGAAACACGAUACUAGAAUAUGGAUUCAGUUUAUGUGUAGAAAAGAGAUUUUCAAAAGAAAUACAUUUUUUGAAAGAGGCUUUCCAAGAUUAAUUCAUUACAUAGCACAUCAUCCUGAUGUUUCUGAUGGCCUGGAUGAGGGCAAUGAAAGGAUUGUUAAGCUAAAAAAUGCUUUGGAAUACCUGGUUUUCUUUUUCGAUAACAUAUUGACUAAGGAAAAUAUUUCUUUGUUGUACUAUUUAGCUGGUAGAAUUAAGCAAUACACUGACAAAGUGCAAGACAAUAAGGAAUAUAUAUAUAUUAUUUCUGAAUUAUGCCAACUUGUGCUAUUGGAAAUUAAAUCAUUGAAAAACUGGGAUAUUCCGGUAUAUUCCGGAAAAUUGAAUUUGCCGUCAGAUUUGUUUUCUCCUAUUGAAGAUCCUGACGAAAGGCAAGAGAUAUCCUUUAAAUGUUACUUAAAAAAUGAUAAUUUAGAACAAAUUAUUAGACAUAAAUUAAACCAAAUGGGGUUUGGUAAGCUAAAGGCGAAAUUGUUGACAGCGGAAAAGUUAAAACCUAUAUCUAAAAGCGCAAUUAAAACUACAAGAAAAUAUAAGAAAAAACGUAACGUUAUAAUGGAUGAUGAUGAUGAUGAUGAUGAUGAGGAUGAUCGUUAUGUGAAAAAGUUAAAACCAGAAUACCCAAUAAGAAAAAGUGCUAGACCCAAGAAAGAUGUUAACUACAAAGAUUCAGAUGAUGAUGAUGAUGAUGAUGAUGAUGAUGAAUAA